AUGCCUGCCACCACGGCGGACGCCCUCUCCCUCGUUCAGCGCACCGUCACGGUCGCUCCUCUAGUUCUUCUCUCCGUCGCAGAUCACUACGGCCGCUCGGCCAAGGGUACCCGGAAACGUGUGGUUGGUGUGCUGCUGGGUGAGAACUCGGGUCAGAAUGUCCGGGUAUCGAACAGCUUUGCGGUGCCCUUCGAGGAAGAUGAGAAGGAUCCCUCUGUUUGGUUCCUAGAUCACAACUUUGUCGAGUCGAUGAGGGACAUGUUCAAGAAGAUCAAUGCUCGUGAGAAGCUGGUUGGGUGGUAUCACUCGGGCCCGAAGCUGCGGGCCUCGGAUUUGGAAAUCAACGAACUCUUCAAGCGCUACACACCGAACCCUCUGCUGGUGAUUGUGGAUGUCCAACCGAAGGAGGUUGGCGUUCCUACGGAUGCUUACUUUGCCGUGGAUGAGAUCAAGGAUGAUGGCACCACAACAUCAAAGACCUUCGUCCACACCCCGUCUAUAAUCGAAGCCGAGGAAGCAGAGGAAAUCGGAGUGGAGCACCUUCUCCGGGAUAUCAGGGAUGUCGCUGUCGGAACCCUCUCCACCCGCAUAACGUCGCAGCUUCAGUCGCUGCAGGGCCUGCACCUGCGUUUGCGCGACAUCGGCCAAUACCUGCAGAAGGUUCUUGAUCACGAACUCCCCGUCAACCACGCCAUUCUGGGCAAUCUCCAGGACGUCUUCAACCUCCUCCCCAACCUUACCACACCAGCCGCCACUCCGCGCAUCAGUGGCGCCCCCGAACAGCCGUCGGAGAACAGCGAACUCGCACGGGCCAUGAGCAUCAAGACCAACGAUCAAUUAAUGGCGAUCUACUUGAGUAGCUUGAUCCGCGCCAUCACCGCAUUCCACGACUUGAUCGAGAACAAGAUCCAGAACCGGCAGCAACAAGAGGAGAAUGAGCUGAAGAGGGAGCAAGAGGCCAACGCGGCCAAGACUGAGAAGGAGGCCGCGAAGAAGGCCAACAGCACCGCCAAUGGAGAGCAGAAGGAGGGUCAAGACAAGGAGAAGGCCAAGAAGAGCCAGAAGGAGUAG